AUGUCUCGCAAAUAAAAGAAAAAAACAUAAUCAAACCUGACCUAACCUUACCUACUUACCUGUAACCUACCAACCUACAACCUACAAACCUACCCUAACCUAACCUAACCUACAAACCUACCUACCUACAACCUAAAACCUACAAACCUACAACCUAACCUAACCUAAAACCUAAAAAUUUUGCUGUUUCAUAUUCGUAUCAACAGUGUCACAAUUGUAGUUAGGACCUAAACUUGACAUAUACCAGCGCGUGUUUGUGUUUCGUGUUUGCUUGGGAUCGGAUGGUGCCGUUGGGAAGUAAAGUUUUCAUAUACUUGCCUUGAUAUACUUUGGUAACCAGGGACACUGAGCUGCCAAGGCAAGAAGCCAUAGAGAGGAAAAUGCCUCCCAAAAAGCCUCAAAUCAAUCCCUUCUCCAUGUACAUGCGUGAGCAAGAACCAAUCCUUCGACGACAGGGGAUACACUUCAACUCUAAGAAGGAAGUAGUUGACUACCUGUUUCCCCACUUCAAUGCACUCUCUGAGUUUGACCGUCAAAAGUACAAAAAUAUGGCUAAGAUUGAGAAGGAGAAGGCCAAGCUGGACCUGACGCGCAAGUUUGACGACCGCGGCGUUCCGCUGUCCCAGAUCGCCGCCGAGGAGGACGAGCGACGAAUGAAAAAGGAUAACAUGAUCCGUCACGUGCACAGUAUCGUGCACGAUCGCAGCAACGGCGUGCCGCUGCUGAACGUCAAGUUCUACAACCUGUACAUCUCGCUGCACUGCUACACGGACCACGGUAAGCAGGCCGAGUACAUCCCGUGCGAGGUCGCUCUGGCCGAGUGGACGAUCGCCGACGGCGUGCUGCGCUCGUGCUCCUACAUCAUCGAGCCGGACGCCAUCCCGACUGGGUAUCGCUCCAGGUGUUUGGACAUAUCGGAGGCGACGCACAAGGUGCCGCUGGGCCACCCAGACUCGGAGCGCAGCAUGCCCGGUGUCUGGAUCCGGCUGAAGAACUUCAUCAACCCGCAGGAUGAGCUGGAUGACUACCCGCCCGUGUUCACGAGCGGCCCCGACCUUCCCGAGACGGAGGGCGCGCUCGACUGGCUGCACGUGCGCUCGGCCGACCGGCGCGCCAGUCCCUUCCGUGUCUACCCGCUGGAACGGCUCGUUUACGAGCUGUUCAACGCGGCCGGCGAGCCGCAGCUGGAGACGCACUGCAGCGACCUCAUCUCGCGCGGACACUUUGACUACUUCACCGACCUGGCGUGCGGCUUCCACCAGGACAUCGACAACCCCAUGUACUGCAUGCUGGCCAAGGCGCGCCGGCAGGCGUUCGCCGUGCUGGACCGGGUGGCCGGUCCGUUCGGCGUCGAGCUGAUCCCCGGCCGGCACGUGCCGCAGUCCAAGAACGACGCCGGCGUGGUGGUGAACACGCCGAUGGCGCAGGGCGGCGGCCGCAUCCAGUUCAAACCGACGCGGGAGAAGGAGCCCGACCUGCCCACCCAGUACAAAUUGCUGCAGCCGACCCGCUCGGCGUUCCGCGGCGGCGACUGGGAGACUCCGAUCGGACCGGUGCCCGAGGCGCGCCCCUUCUCCGGCUGGAGCGCCGCCGAGCCGGAGGACGACUCGGCCUGGGGCGCGGCGGCCGCGCAGCAGCCGAAGGUGCGCCGCCCGGCCGCCCUCGGCCAGGCGGCCGCCAUGUCCACGGGCGUCUCCCAGCAGGAGUUCCCGGCGCUGGGGACCGCCGGCCGCCAGCAGCAGCCCCCGCCCGCGCGCUCCGAGGCCGACUUCCCGGCGCUGGGCGCGCCCUCCGAGACCGACUUCCCGGCUCUGGGCGCGCCGGGCGGCGGCGGUCUGGCGGGCCGCAGCCGGCCGCUUGCCACGCGGACGCGGGUGCCGGGCGAGCGGCCGAUGGCUGCCCAGGUGCGAGUGCCGGCCGUCGGGCGCGGACGCGCCACCAGCCGCACCACGGUGGCCGGUACGCUGGCUGACCGGUUCGCCAAGCAGCCGGGCCGGCCGUGACCGGAUGUCGGGUGCUCGCCGUCGCAGUGGCGAGGGGCUGCCGUCACUGUGCCGCCGCGGCCAACCAGAGGAACUGGUGGUGGCCGGGCGCGACGGCCAACGGCUGUGCCAGUUACCGACCCGGAUGUCGGCGGUGCUUUUGGGUUUGAUGGACGAGAGCUGGUUGUGUUAUGACUGAAAUCAGGAAGUGUGUGUUUGUGGGAUGGGGAGGGAUUUGAGGGGGCAAUCAUAACCAUUCCUCGUGUUUCCAGCGCGACUUUGUCACGAUGCUUCCCGACGUUUGUAAACAUGUAGCGGCGCAAAGUGCAAACUGUUUUAAGUCGAGAACCAGCGCUGAGCUGCGUUGCAGAUUGAUUAGCCAAGCAAUGUUCCAAAUGCACUGCAUUGAAAAUACAUUGUUCUUUGAUAGA